GCUCAUGCAAAAAAAAAAAAAAAGAAAGAAAGGAAAAAAGAAGGCAUCACGGAAGGUGGGACUUGAGGCCAGCUGACUGAUAAAAAGCUUCAAUUUCCUAGUUUACGCUGUUUUCUGGCCUCCGUGAAGACUGCACGGUCACCGGCACAGCUUUACCUCAACAAAUCUGCGCUCAUCUCACUAUGGCGGCGAUUGGAAACCGUGGAACCGUGACCGAGGCGUCUGGGUUCGACCCAGAGGCAGACGCCCAGAGGCUUCGCGGGGCCAUGAAGGGAGCUGGCACGGACGAGGCUGUCAUCAUCGAGGUAUUAGCACACCGCACCAUCGCGCAGAGGCAGCGCAUCAAGGAGGCCUUUAAACAGGCAGUGGGGAAGGACCUGGCUGACGAGCUGUCCUCGGAGCUGAGCGGGAACUUCCAGAGCGUGGUGCUCGGUCUGCUCAUGCUGGCGCCGGUGUAUGACGCCUCCGAGUUGAGAACCGCCAUCAAGGGGGCUGGAACAGAGGAGGCGUGCCUCAUCGAUAUUCUGGCGUCCAGGUCUAAUGCUGAGAUCAAAACCAUCAAUGCAUUCUACAAGAAGCAGUAUAGCAAGGACCUGGAGGAAGAUGUGUGUGGAGACACGUCGGGAAUGUUCCAAAGAGUUUUGGUCUCUUUACUCACGGCUGGACGUGACGAAGGCGACACCGUGAAUGAGGCCCAGGCGUUGCAGGAUGCCAAGGAAAUCUACGAGGCAGGCGAGGCUAGAUGGGGCACGGAUGAAGUGAAAUUCCUCACUGUGCUCUGUGUCAGGAACCAGAAGCAUCUGUUACGAGUGUUUGAAGCGUACCAAAAGAUUUCUGGCAAAGACAUCGAGGAGAGCAUCAAGAGGGAGAUGUCAGGUUGUCUGGAGGAUGUCUUCCUGGCCAUAGUGAAAUGCAUGAGGAACAAGCAAGCGUUCUUUGCGGAACGUCUGUACAAAUCAAUGAAGGGUCUGGGCACCACGGACAGUGUGCUCAUCAGGAUCAUGGUGGCCAGAGCAGAGAUUGACAUGUUGGACAUCAAGGCGCAGUUCCUCAAGCUGUACGGCAAGACUCUACACUCGUUCAUAAAGGGAGAUACAUCCGGCGACUACCGCAAAAUCCUGCUGGAACUGUGUGGAGGCGAGUAAAAAGAAACAUCACAGAGAGAGAGAGAGAGAGCGAAAUCAGGCAUCCACAUCGUCAGGCUUACUGUGUGUGGAUGACGUUUUCACUUUUACUAAUCUUCUAUGGCCUUUACAUUUCUCAACUUCAACUGACCAUGGUGUCUUGUUUUACUGAAUCUAAGACCGAUUAAACCAAAGACCAGUGACCUUUUA